GAGGGAGGGAGGAGGAAGCCAAGUGUAGGUCUAGGCAUGAAGCCCAGGCCUUCCGGUUUCGGUGCUGCGGCGGCGGCGGAGGUUUUGGUGGGGGCGGGAUGCGGCGGGUGGGCGUGGAGGCCGAGGCCGGCGUCGGUGGCCUCCACCGCCGUCGUGAUGUCGGCGAGGGGGCGUGGUACCCACGCGGUGGCGGCCGCGACCGCGAGUGCCGUCCACUCGGAGCACCACCGCGGCGGCGUACACGGGCUGCACUUCCGUCCGGUGGUGCUGCGGCUCACCGCCGACCUGGAGGCGCGGAUCGAGAAGGUCAUCUACGCCUGCCGAUUCAUGACCUUCCUCGCCAUCGCCGGCUCUCUCAUCGGCUCCGUCCCCUGCUUCCUCAAGGGCUGCGUCUACGUGAUGGAUGCUUUCAUCGAGUACUAUCUGCACGGCAACGGCGGUGGCAAGGUCAUCCUGAUGCUAGUUGAAGCCAUUGACAUGUUUCUGGUCGGAACGGUCAUGUUUGUGUUCGGGACAGGGCUGUACGAGCUGUUCAUCAGCAACAUGGACAUUGCAAAGACAUCAUCCUAUGGCUCCAACCUCUUCGGCUUGUUCAGGCUUCCGGAACGGCCUAAGUGGCUCGAGAUCCAGUCAGUGAAUGACCUCAAGACCAAGCUGGGACAUGUCAUCGUCAUGGUUCUUCUGGUUGGCAUCUUUGAGAAGAGCAAGAGGGUGACCAUAGCAUCAUGUGCUGACCUCUUGUGCUUUGCGGCAUCAAUUUUCCUCUCCUCAGCUUGCCUCUACCUGCUCUCCAGGCUCAGUACCAAGUAGAAAAAAAACAGGAAUGAGCCAUACUUGAAUGUCUGGAACACAAAAAGGUCUUGUACAUAUGGGAUAGGCCUGUUGUGUUGUCUGUGCCGUACGACGCUUCAUGUUAUGUCCACAUGAUGUAAAAUUAGUGGGGAUUCCAUAUGUCUCACAUACUCUUUGUAUGGAAUGAACACUGCUUUAUGUA